GAUUAUUCUAUUAAGCACUACUUAAUAAGUUUGGAAAUCUCUUUUAAUUUAAAGCUACAUGUUAUUAAUGCAUAUUAUUGACAGUCCGUUUCUUGAUAUCUUACUUGUCUUCCAUAGGGUGAAAUUUUUAAAAAAUCAGAUAUUGGACAUACACAGUAUUUUCACUAUAUUAUCCUUAGUAGCGUUAAAAAUUAUUCUUACUCAAAUAUAUUUGAAAAUCUGAAUAAAAAGUAAAUUUUAGUUGCAUAAUUUAAAGUCUGAAAUUCAAUAAUCUAUUAAUAAUUUUACAAAAAUUAUAUUCCAAAUUCCUUAACAUUGUAUUUCUAAAGAGUGAGUUAUAAUUAUUGCUAUAUAGGGAAAAUCUUUAAAAUGUAUUUGAUAUUAUUUAAUCUUCCAUCAUUAGUUUCAUUUUGAGAUAACUUGUACAGUGUUAAAAAAUAAACACUAAAGAUGGCUAAAUGCUAAAAUAGCCAUUCAUAUUUAUAUGUAUUUCAGCAUACCAUAAUAGUCAAUCCAUAUUUUCUAUGAAUAGACUUUAGGAAAGUGUUAACACAGUAAAUUACAGUUUGUGAGCUUGACCUGCUUGACCUUGAUGAUCUGUUGUUUUCUUUUUAUCCCAAAUUCCUAAUUUAUCCCUCUCUCCCCCCUUUCCCUUAAGUUUGUUUUUUAUGUAUGUGAGUCUGUUUUUGUCUUGUAAAUAAGUUCACUUGUGUCAUUUCUUUAGAUACAAGUGAUAUUAUAUAUUUGUCUUUAACUUACUUCACUUGUAUGAUCAUCUCUAGGUCCAUUCAUUAUGAUGGCCUUUUAGAAACAACAGCAAGUCAAUUAUAAAUGCUCAAUAAAUAUUUGCUAAAUGUUAUUAAUAUUCCAAUAGUGAAUUUAAAAAUAACUUUUAAGGAAUAAGUAAUGCUAAUAUUCUCUCUACAAUAUACUAUCCUUGCCAAUAAGUGAAAGUAUUAAAUAUUACUCUUUACUUCCUUCUAAACAUAAAACUCUCAUUCACUCUAAGCUAUUACAGAAUAUAAAGUGCUUGAGGGUACAUUUUUAUCUCCUUGUCUUUGUCUAAUAAUUUGAAAGUUGAAAGAUAUUUUUACUAAAAUCCAAGUUACAUUUUCCAGUAUAGUUUCUCAAGCUUCUAUAUGUGUGAUACCUACCAAGACUUAAGUAAGUUACUAGUAGCAGGUUACUGGAUAAUGUCAUGUUUUCCCUUCCAGUGCUGCGUAUGCACCAUUUAUCUUUAUUAACCACAAAAUAAUUUACUUUCACAAUUUAACCCAUAUUUGGUCUUAUUUGUGUUGGUUAUAUUUGUAGUAUUUUACAAAAAUUUCUCUUUUCAAGUUCCCAUUAAAGUCAGGCAAUGUAUACUGGAGUGACAAUUGAGUGAAUUUUUUUAUCCUGAAUGUAAAUGGAACUGGGCUUAACUAAAUUAUAUUUAGCCGUGUUUCAUGUCCAAACAAGUGAACUGUCAUGGUUCUUUUUUCAUGGAUGAUUACCAAUUAGUUCAAUGAGUGUAGGGAACACUUUCUGUUUUGUAUUCCCAGAUAUUUACUCUCUCCUCCUCUAUUCUUUGGGGGAACUGCUUCUUCCUGCUAUUCUUACUGCAAACACAUGGCUUUAGUUGGUGCAGUGGAUUUUUUCAAUAACUCUAUAUGCAUAGUCCUACAGGGUGUAUACUGGGAUAGGCUCUGUCCGAUGCUGACAGGUCAAAAUCCUUCCCUAGAAAGUGUAUCUUUGACUUCAUUGACUUUAUUGCCUUCUUCGUGUUAGCAGCAAGACAUUACCUGAAUUCAGAACUUACUGAUAUUUAAUAAAACAAAUGGCCAUUUCCUCUCAACUUUACUGGACUAUGCACACAAUGAAUUUAUGAAGGAAAAAAACUUCCCAAAGGUUAUGUAUCCCAGAGACUGAAAAGAAAUCACAUUUUCUCAGAAGUUACAGGCACACUGCAAUUUGGGAGUAGAAACUGGAUUUUAAAAAUUUAUAACAUUUUCUAAUACAACAGAACAAAUCAGUAUUUUUGUAAUAGAAUGUAAGCUCCUGAGAACAAGAAUUUGUGAUUAAUUUACUGUUUUAUUCUGAGAAGCUAGAAAAAUUCCUGCACAGAGACAUACUUAUUAAUCAAAUAAAUAAAUUUGUCCUGAGUCCAGUUUUAUCUACUGAACUUGUACAUUUAUACGGAAGGUGAAUAUAGAUAAAUAGGUAUUACUUUGAUCUCACAACUAUUGUAAGCUACCUUAACAAGACUGCAUCAUAGGUGAGGGGGAAAGAAGUUUAUUACACUGCAUUACCCAAAAGGUGUUCAAAACAGUUUAGCUAUUACAUUAUGCUUUGAAAUGAAAACUACACGAAAUUGUAACGCAGAACGCUUGGUGGCGCUGCAGGCUAAGAGAGUGAAAAAGUCUGCAGAUUCCUAGACUGCACAAAAGCCGAUCAGUUUCUAGCAGCUCAUAAGGAAAUAACACUGCGAGGGGUAGAAGGUUUCAGAGAGGCAGCUAUCCGCCUGUCAGUCAAGGUUAAGAAGAACUAAGUCAAGAUUAUUAAAGCAAGAUAGCGGAGUUGGCUGCAAAGCAAUUAUUUUGUGAUUAAACACUGCAUCUUUUGGACUUGGACGAAUGAUGGGGAUGCCAGUACCCAAAGCGACACAGAAAAGGCAAGUGACCACCAUUAUUAUUCUAUUACUAUUGUGGGAUGUGGGUGGUGUGAUCAUUAAAUAUUCCGUUCUAGAAGAGAGGGACAGCGGCUCAUUUGUGGCCAAUCUAGCAAAAGAUGUCGGGUUGGGCUUAGGGGAACUGGCCGCGCGGGGCGCCCGGAUUCUUUCCAAAGGGAAUAAACAGUAUUUGGAGCUCGAGCAGAAGAGUGGGAACGUGUUCCUAAAAGAUAAAUUGGACCGGGAAGAGUUGUGCGGUGACACAGAUCCCUGUAUAGUGCAUUUCCAGGUGUUACUGAAAAACCCAGUGCAGUUUAUUCAAGGUGAAUUACAGCUCCAAGACAUAAAUGACCAUGCCCCAGAAUUCUUGGAAAAUGAAAUCGUCCUGAAAAUCUCAGAAAGCAGCCAGCCAGGGACUGCAUUUCCUUUGAAAAUAGCUCAAGAUUUAGAUGUGGGAAGUAACACAGUUCAGAACUACACAAUUAGCACCAACUUCCAUUUCCACCUUUUCACUCGAAAUCAUAGCGAUAGCAGGAAAUACCCAGAGCUGGUGCUGGACAAAGAACUGGACCGUGAGGAGCAGCCAGAGCUCAGGUUAACCCUCACGGCGCUGGAUGGUGGGUCACCGCCCAAGACUGGGACUUCCCAGGUUCUCAUCCUGGUCCUGGACAUAAAUGACAAUGCUCCUGAAUUUGCUCGGCAGCUCUAUGAGGUGCAGGUCCCAGAGAACAGCCUUAUAGGCUCCCUGGUCAUCACUGUCUCUGCUAGAGAUUUGGAUGCUGGGACCUACGGAGAGCUCUCCUACUCAUUUUUCCAAUCCUCAAAUCAAGUCAUUCAGGCCUUUGAACUAAAUACAGUUACGGGGGAUAUUCGAUUAAAAAAACAGUUGGAUUUUGAGGAAAUUCGAUCUUACCAUAUGGAAAUUGAAGCCUCAGAUGGUGGCGGUCUUUCAGGAAAAUGCACCGUAGCUAUAGAAGUGACGGAUGUAAACGACAACGUCCCUGAAUUGACCGUGUCAUUACUCAUCAGUGAUAUCCCAGAAAACACCCCUGACACUGUGGUAGCUAUUUUCGGAAUUUCAGAUCCAGAUGCCGGGGACAAUGGCAAAAUGAUGUGCUCCAUCCAAGAACAUCUCCCCUUCCUUCUGAAACUUACUGUAGAAAAUUUCUACACUUUGGUAACAGAAGGACCGCUGGACAGAGAGAGCAAAGCACAGUACAACAUUACAAUCACCGUCACUGACAUGGGGACUCCCAGACUGAAAACCCAGCACAACAUAACGGUACUAGUGUCCGACGUCAACGACAACGCCCCCGCCUUCACCCAGGCCUCCUACACCCUGCGGGUCCCCAGGAUCCUGGAAACACUAAUGGAGGCCAGAGUGGUGCGUGCUGUGCAGAAAAGGCAAGUCCUAUUUCUUUGUGUAUUUCUGGGAGUGUCUUGGGCUGGUGCGGAACAGCUUCGGUAUUUUGUGGAAGAGGAAACAGAGAGAGGCACCUUUCUGGCCAACCUAGCAAAUGACCUGGGGUUGGGGGUGGGGGAACUGUCAGCGAGGGGACCCAGAAUUGUUUCAGAUCAGAACAUGCGAUUUUUACUACUUGACCCGCUUACUGGUCAUUUACGUCUAAAUGAGAAAUUAGACCGAGAGGAACUGUGCGGUCCCACAGAGCCGUGUGUGCUGCCUUUCCAGUUGUUACUGGAAAAGCCUCUUCAGAUUUUCCGUGCUGAGUUAUGGGUCAGAGACAUCAACGAUCAUUCUCCAGUAUUUCUAGAUAGAGAGAUUACCUUGAAAAUAUUAGAAAGUACCACUACAGGGGCAGCAUUUCUCCUAGAAAGUGCACAGGACUCAGAUGUUGGAACUAACAACCUGAGAAACUACACCAUCAGCCCCAAUGCCUAUUUCCAUAUUACUGUCCAUGAUAGUGGGGAGGGGAUUAUCUAUCCUGAAUUGGUUCUGGAUAGGGUGCUGGAUCGUGAAGAGGUGCCUGAGCUCACUUUAACCCUCACAGCCUUGGAUGGUGGCUCUCCGGCCAGAUCCGGGACUGCCUUGGUACGCAUUCUGGUUUUGGACAUAAAUGACAACAUCCCUGAAUUUGUACAGUCUCUCUACAAAGUGCAGGUGCCAGAGAAUAGCCCUGUUGGCUCCCUGGUUGUCACCGUAUCAGCUAGAGAUUUAGAUACUGGAAGUAAUGGGGAAAUAGUUUAUGCAUUUUUUUAUGCUACUGAAAGAAUUCUCAAAACGUUUCGAAUCAAUCCAACAUCCGGCAAUCUUCAUCUUAAAGCUGCACUGAACUAUGAGGAAAUGCAAACUUAUACAUUAACUAUUCAGGCCAAAGAUGGCGGAGGGCUUUCUGGAAAAUGUACUGUAAUGGUUCAGGUAACAGAUAUAAAUGAUAACCCACCAGAACUGCUCAUGUCAUCAUUUACUAGCCCAAUUAAAGAAAACUCACCCGAGACGGUCGUAGCUGUUUUCAGGAUUCGAGACAGAGAUUCAGGGAACAAUGCAAAGACAGUGUGCUCCAUCCCAGAUGACCUCCCCUUCGUUCUGAAGCCAUCUGUGGAGAAUUACUACACCCUGGUAACCAAAAGCCCGCUGGACAGAGAAAAAAGAGUCGAGUACAACAUCACCAUCACCGUCACAGAUCUGGGGACACCAAGGCUGAAGACUGAGCACAACAUAACAGUGCUGGUGUCCGACGUCAACGACAACGUGUGUCUGACGGGAGAUUCAGGGACAAGCGAGUUCAAGUUCCUGAAGCCGAUUAUCCCCAAUCUUGCAUCCCAGAGCAUAGGCAGGGAAGUAGAAGAAUAUCCCUCAUAUCGGAAUGAUUCGAGUUUCUGAUAAAGCAUGGGGUAUAAAAUGCCGGUAU